UCGUGAAACCAGAUGAGUCGCCCCCUGCUGGUCACGGAAAGGAAGGCACUUUCAUCCAUCCUUUAUAUCCAGUAUAUGACCUUCACUAAGACGUUUUUUAAAACUUAGUUUUUGGCUGAAACGUGUUUUAUAAAUCAAGUUAUGAAAAAAGCGUGGUGUAAGCAGACUGAUGUAGGUGUGCGGAUGGAUCUGCAUCAGAAACAGUUUCCUCUGAUUAUCGUCGCGGAUGAGAGGUGAAACGUCUUCAAGCAACUUAAAGAAGUCCAGACACUUUUCUUUCCAAGCUCCUUAGACUACGAUGACCUGGAUGACUGAGAACCUUCACAGACACGUCGCGUUGUGAAACAUGAAGGGACCUCCUGCUGGAGUCGGGCGAGGGCGUGCGCAUGCCCGCCGCAUGGUGCUGGCGUCGUGAGCGCGCCUCGUGCUGCUGCUGCUGCUGCUGAUGGAGCUUCACUGAGCACAGAGAGCGGCCGCCGUGUCGAGGAGGAGGAUGAAGAGUGAUGAACAGAGUGUCGACCCUACAUGACUGAUCGGAUCGCUGCACGCGCGAGGCGACCGUCGGCGUCAUCAAUCGGCGCGCAGAGCCCAGCUGAUGUGAGGCUGAGCGCGAGCCGCAGCGGGAGACAAUCAGCUGAGCGGCACCUGGACGUUGUGACGGAGGAGCCGCAGGUGAAGGGUCAGGCCAGCAGGUCAGGAGCUCUGAAGACUGUUUGCCUCCCUCUUCAGGCCCAUUUUGGAACUGCAGCUUCACUGUCAGCUAACAGCUAACCGAGCAGUGAGACGCCUAGUUAGUGAAGCAGUCCUGUGGUUUGUGUUCUGACUGUUGGAUGGCCACAGGAGUGAACUACUGGAACUCUUAUGAACCCAGUCGCAAGGUGAGAGAGAGUGUGUGGGGAGGUGAACAGGAGUCGAGUAGUGAGGAAGGAGGAGGUGGAGAGGGCAUAUGGGACACACAAGCCAUGGAGGUCAAAGGUCAACUCAUCUCAGCACCUGACCCUCUCACCUGCCCAGACAGGAAGCAGAGGGAGCGAAUGGUGGAGCUACAGGAGAGGAGGCGGAGUCUCCAGGCGCUGCUUAGCAGCCGAUUGGCUGAGCUGAGACGCAUCUGUCUGCAGGAAGCUGAGCUGACGGGUGCAGUGCCUAGUGAUUUCCCCCUGGAGGCAGGGGAGAAGCCCCCCUGUGUUCGUAGGAGAGGUGGGACGUCCCACCACGGAAACAGGAAGUGUCGAGUAGAGGAGGAAGACGCUCAGCGUUCGAAGCCGAAGAAAAAUUUAUUCAGCGGAGCUCUGAGGAAACACAGCGACUCUGAGCACAACGCACACACGCAGACACACACACACCACGGCAAGAGGACUGUCCACAGAGGCUGCCACACAGACGACACAGUGAGGUCAGAGAGCAGCUCGACAUCAGACUCAACAGGACACGACAAUGAUGACGGUGUGUCUCAGUGUCGCCCCCUGCUGGUUUCUUCUGGGUCUCCAGUGGAGGUUUUCUAUCAGAACAGAACCAGGAGGAACUCCGUGCACAACAGAACUGAGCAUCCGGACACCCAGAAGCCCCUCCCACUGCCUCCCUCACAACCUCCUCCACCUCCCCCUCGCUCUCAGGACUCCUCUUCCUCUGGCCCCUCUGACACUGGAGCAGGAGGGGAGGCAGGACUCAAGGCUAACGCAGCUCGCCGUAGUAACAGCUCUGAUGGCCUCCUGGACCGCAUCACCCCUCCUGAGGAUGAUGUUGGGGUGCAGCAGGGGGGAUUGUGGGUAAACGGGCUGCCGGGGUCCAGAGGAACAAACACAGCCGGCGCGUAUUGGAACUCAGAGACGCUGACAGACGGACGGUCGAAGGCAAAUAAUGGAGUCAGCGAUGGGAGAGGAAAAGGGGGAGGUGCAGGGCGAGGAAGAGGAGGAGGAAGGGGAGACAGAGGAGGAAGAGGAGCGGGGUACAGCGAUGUCCUGCUGGACUAUGUUUGGGGGAAACAGCAGCAGCUGCAGAGACAGCAUUCUCAGCCCCACAGACAGCCAAUCACAUCGCAGCAGCAGCUAGUCUACAAUGGCUACUCCCAGCAGCCAUCGGGAGCCCCGCCCACCUACCGCGGCCCCCAAGGCGACCAGAGGCGGGUCACGGUAACCCGAACCAAAUCGUGCGGUCCGUUCCUCCCGGUGCAGCAGAGCCAGACUGAUACCCACAAUCUCCCUCUGGUCGCCAUUCAGCCCGACCCCCACCCCCACCUGCUGCCGCCCCGACCCCCUCAGCUGCCCCCCAACCAGGACUCCCAACUGGAGGAGGCCACCAGGAGCCUCCACAAGGCCCUCGCCCUGGAAGGUCUGAGGGACUGGUACCUAAGGAACACCUUAGGCUCCUCCCACCAGAACCAGGCCAAUGGAAAGGUGACCGCAGGGACCAACGGCAGUAAGAUGAAUGGAGGAGUCAAAGGUCAGGUGGGAGGAGGCGGGGCUCUGCAGCGGAGACGGACGACACACGGUGUCAUUCAGCAGUCGGCCUAUCAGACUGAGACGAAUCAUCAUCACGCUGCGCCGCAUCACAAACACACGCUGCCGCAUUCAGCCACGUUCCACGGACACCCGCUGCACGGCAGGUCUGUGGAUGGCUCGCUCUACCACGACUCGUUCCCUGCUCAGAAGCAGGAAGUCCCUCUCAGAGAUCCACCGAUGGACCAACCGUCUCCUGGGACUCUGGUCUGACUCUCCAACCAAUCACGAUGCUGAGAGGCAGGCAAAGGGACUAAUUCCAGGCUGGCUUCCUGGGAUGAGCAGUAUGAAGGAAUGUGUGUCUUGGUUGGAAAACCCCGCCCACCUCGUUCUCGUCUGCCCUCAGGGUCGAGCUUCUGUUUGUAUAAAUGAACCAAACCCCAGACCAGGUCCAACCCUCCUCCCUCCUUUAUCACAGCCUUGUUGGAGGUCUAUCCUCCUCGCUGCUCGGGUCACUGCUGCUCUGCUCGAUGAACUUCUUCUAUCAGGGAUGGACUUUAAGUCAACAGCUGCUUUUCCACCAAACUCUCCAGGAACAUCAGUUCUACUAGGAACUAAUGACAGGAAAAAGUUCCUGCAGCAAUCUGUGUUGCAAAGAAGAAGAUUGAGCGAUUUCCUCUGAGAGUUGUCCCCUUCAGAAAGUAAUCUGUCUCGUUCUGCUUCGCCCUGAUUACUGCCACCAAAAGUGUCAUCUGCUGUGGAAGAUGCUACAUUUCUGGACUAAUUAGAGAUGUUCACAUGCACGACCUGCCCUGAGAUUUCUCAAACUAUCCUAACGGCUACUUCACUCUGAGGGAUUUUAGUUUCUAACAUGUAAACGACGUAAACGGUCGUGGCCAAAUCUUUGGUUCUCUUCGCUCGAUGGAGUCGCAGUUCUCAAAGAAACGAACUCAGCCCGACGAUCAGUGGCCAAAAGCAGCCGUAACUGUUCAGAAAGGAAGGUCCAGGUUCCUACGGUGGCAUCAGACUGAUGCUGAAACACCAGUCACAUGCUGUACGCGUCUUUUCCGAAUACAUUUUAAGAUUUAUUGUUAAAAGCUGCAGAUGGACGAGCCGAAGAUGAUUCUCUGCUUUUGUGGAAGUCGUUAUUUCUCAGGCGUUCAGAUUGAAGAUGGAGAUACGGCGUCUCUCACAGGUUCCUGUUUCUGGGAUAGCUAAAACAAAAGACUUCUGGAGUCCUUUCAGAGAUGCAGCCAUUUUCUGAAAGGUUUUAGAUUAAAGCAGAAACUGAACAAGGUGUCCGUGGCUCUGUUUCUACACCCUCGUCUUCAGACUGUGCUUAGACAAUCAGACUCUUUAAACACCAACGAGGAGGAGGACGUACCUCCUCCGAAGACAGAUGACAUCACCAGCUACCUGCAGCCAACCAGCAAAGCGCAAAAAGGAACUUUUUGGUGACUUGAUCAGGUGACCUGUCGAUCCCUCAGGUGAGUCCAGGCAGGGAGCGUCGCGGUGAGGUUCUCCAGCGUUCUCCCGGUUUGGACUCAACAUCUCUGCACUAAAACUCGAGCACAGAGUUUACUCCUGACACCAGCUGAACUGUCGCUGCUGCUGUUUGUGGCUUUAAGCAGCUGCAGAGUCCUCGAGUAGAAACCAAACGUGAACAGAACAGAAUAAAUCCUCUGAAGAAAACGGAGCUUCCCACCUCACUGCUGCAGAGUGACUCACAGAAGCUGACGUACUCACGAGUCUUUUCUCCGAAAAAGGAAAUAUUUUCUGUACGCGUUAAUUUAUCUGACAACUUUAGAUACUUGGAAACGAGGAUGCUUGCAAACGGGACACUUUAAUAGCCGAUACAAACUGCUGAAAUGUUCACUUGGUUUCUGAAAACUCGACUUUUUAACCGAGUCGAAGGAUUUGAAAUGUGAAUAUCUGACACUUUUCAUUUUAGUAAUUCACUUCUAAUCAUUUUAAGGUUUGGAUAGUUUGUUGGUUUCCACUGCAGGAACACCGGAGAGGUUUUAUUGUAAAGUUUUUAACUUUAGCAGCACUUUGCAGUGAGAAAUUACAAACGCAGAAAGUUGAACCGGAGAUUUUAACUGCCAGGCAACACCAUCUGCUCCCCUGGCAGCUGUUUCUUAUCAAAGAGCCAUUUUCACACAUGCAACUCACACAGCUUUACUAUGACUUCAGCCCAUGUCCAGCUCAGUCAGAUCACAAACAAACCAGUAUUUAAUUCCCGAGUGCAAAGUCGACGCUUUAGCCGAUGCAUGAAUUCUGGUGCAUCGUGGCCUCCGAGCUGCCCAUUCCAGGCAGUUUCCUAACUUAAACCCCAGAGAGUAAUUUACAUUAUCCUGUUUUGUCCCCACAUGUGACAAAGGAAACUUAAACUCUUGUAGUCUGAACCUAGAAUUUGGACGACUAGCACAUAUUUUGUCAGAAACACACCUGGAAGACUCCUUUCAGGGCAAAACAAAGGCACAUGCUCAGUGGUCGGUAAACGCCUCCUUUAGGGAAUGUGCUUGAGGUGGCCCACAAUGAGUGGGGCUCUAUGGCGCUCUUCCACAGGUCACUGAUUCGGUUUAGAGGAUCCUUUUUAGAAAUGUUAAAGGUGAAGUCAUCAGUUUAUCAUUAGACAUCAGUAGAACAUCAAGACAUCACAGGAAUCCUCUCAAAAUGUUCAACUACUGUGCCUAUAAAAAGCAAAAGACACUAAUUAAGUUUGGCUGCCAUCCCCUUUGGUGUAGGCUUCUCUCAUUUGUUUCCAAUACUCUUUUUUAUGGAGCUGAAACUUGGAGGGUUUGGAUUGUGGUAAAAUAUCUUUUUUUAGUUAUUAGGUAUUUGGCAGCCUCCUGAGCUCAGUCGCCUUCAUGCACCACAAACAGCUGCUUCUAUAUUUUCAUAAGACCAUAACAGACCAGUUAGCACACAUUAGCAGAGUGACAGCUGAGAAAGUUGUUUGCAUUUGUGAAAAUUACAGAAGAAGAGUUAAUAAAUAUUUAAGCAAUUUGGCUCCGGUGACUCCCAUUCAUUGAGGGUUUUGCAUUAACAGGAAGUGUAAAGGCUCUUUGUUGAAUGACUUUGGCACCAAUUCAAGGAAAAUACCCCACAGCUACCCAUAGUUCCUGCACUGGAAACCCCUCCCAAAUUUUUGUUGUUCGUGUUUUUUUUUUAAACAGUGAAUCCAGAUUAUGAUCAGCAGAUGAAUCCAUAAUGAAACAGUCAUCAGCUGCAGCUGCGACACAGUUUAUUCUCACAGAAAGACGAAAAUAGUCACAUCUAAGGGAACCAGAGUUGUUUGAUCAGACACUCGAUUGAUUAAGAGGGAUUGCUUUGGAGGUUUCUGUAUUUGUGGUUUAAAUGAGAUCCAGAUGUGGAGAAACAGCAUCAGCAGCUGGAAAGCUGCAAGAACCACUCAGACCUUCUGCCUCAUUCGGAGCCCUCAGUGAAGCCAUUGUCCUGCUGAGCUGACCGGGACUCCAAGUCCAGGACGACUGAAGCAAUAAGAGGAGCUGUUCCAAGUUUCAAAUUUUAACGCUGUUUCAGGAAAAAAAACAAAAAAAGCAUUUGCAGCGACAAUCAGGAAAUGUCACAGUCGUCACAGUAGUGACUGGUUAAUUGAUGAAUUUGAAUUUAUUCUGUUUUUUUCUUUUGUUUUUUUUGGUACUCUGCUCCAGAAAAAAGAUUUUAUAAAAAUGCCCGUGAAUGAAAUGCAGCUUUUUCAGCGCUGUGAAGUCAGUGUUAUUAAUCCAUAAGUUAUUGAUCAGGAUCUGUGUCCACACGUUCCUACUGUCUGUAUUUAUUGAUUGUCUUUCAGCGUGCGGUUGGCUCUGUCUUCAUAAGUUGCAGCUUUGCCUGACCCAGUCCCAGCUUUGUAUUUUUAAAUUCAGCUUCACUGAAACCGGCCUGACCUCCAGCUUCCCCCACAAUGAAGCCACGGUCACAUGACCCAGUAUGACGACAAACUCAGACCAAGUCGGUAGAUCAGCGAGUGAAGACUUGAGAGGUUAUGAUACAUCAAAGAAAGUUUCUCAGGUCACAGAUUCACUUUAGAAGAAGGUUUUAAGACAUUUUAAAGGUGAAAACAUCAGAUUUGUGUUCUAUCACAAAAGCAAAAAUCAUAUCUGAUUUAAGUUUGGCUGUCGUCCCCGUUAAUGUAGCACUAUCCUGUUUCCAGCGCUCUGCUGUUGAUUUCAAUGUGGAUCUCAAACUUGCUCAGAGAGCAAACAUCAACUUUAAUUUUGAGGAUCAAGAGAGCUGGAUCUCCAGUUUUCACACAUGACCUGUAGCCCAGAACUGUUCCAGGACUUACCCAAAUACAUAAGCUGGUCUUUAAUCUGCUCCAGCUCUUGGAUGUCUGGUGUCAUGUAGGAGAGCCGUCUUUGAGACAGUCCAGAGUGAUUUGGUGCCUUAUGAAGCUGAAGCUUCAGGCUAUUUUCUAACACUGUUGAAUCAGACAUGAAUGAGUAUUUAACCUGCCAGCUGCCUAGGAAAAGUCAUAGAUAAUGGGUUGUGGGUAUGGCUGAAUAGACCAACUAACAGUAGGGUGCAUUCACCACGAGAAUAAAUCUAUUUCCAGCAGUGUAAGAAGUUUAAAGUCUGUGUGAAAACAGCUGGAGACCAAAUAGUCUCUUUACUGGAAGAGCCCACAGUGUUAGGAGGAUGAGCUACGCCUGGUUUUCUUUAAAAAAUAACAGGCCUGCCCAUAUUCUCUCCAGUUUCCAAGGAGCAUAUUUUAUCAAGCGUUGUUGAAGGAGAACAUUCGAUGGAAACCAAAUGAAUUUAAGGAAUUCAGCAGCAGGUGAUUCGGGUGAGACUGGGAAUGUUGUAUUGACCUGGGAGUGGGUAAUGGCCAAAUCUAAAUCAGGUCCAUUUGUUUGCAUUUUUUAGGCACGUUUGCAAAAUCAGUCAUAUUUUGUGUAAGCAUCGCCGACCUCCAGAGAUCCAGGCAGGGUGUUGGAUAGUUUUAUUUUUCUGUCUGGAAGUCUGGUCAUGUGACCCUCCGGCUUCAGAAAGUCUCAGCAUGCCCCUCUCCUCACUCCACGCUCACACCAAAGCAGAAACAUGUGAAGAUACGAUGUAAAUACAGCACGCGUGUUCACGACUGUUUGAGCUGCCGUACUGCUCUACCUGUACAUAAUACUGCAGCGCCACUAAACAUACUGCAUUACUGCAGUACCAGGAUAUAAUGGUGUGGUACCAGUCUGAAUAUUUGUCACAUUCUGUACUCUCCAGUACCAGUAUUAGCUUGAGUGCAGUACUGUACUCCUGUUGUAGUACUGGUAAUGUGCAGUGCUAGUAUUCAGGGACCAGGACUGCAGACGUGCUGAUGUCCAGGUUCAGCGGAGCCUCUCUCAACCAAACCCUGUACAGUAUUUUGAUGAUUUAACAUUUAUUUCUUUCUGUGUCUCAGUAUGAGAGUAAAUUUCCUCCAGCUGAGUUAAGCACUUGGAUUUUUAGGUUAAAGCUCUGUCUCCUGUACUGCUGAAGUUGUACUAGUCUCCAGUACAGCUCUUUGCUCUGAGGGCCUCCUGCUGCCAUUCUGUGUCCCAGUUCAGGUCCAGGACCAGCUGUAGUACCACUGUGUGGACUGUGGCUCUGCUACGAUGCAUUCAGGUGCACUGUGUACAGUCUGUUUUUUCUGCUGUACAGUAACCCUGUUUAAAAAAAGGUUUUCUAUUGGUCGUUUGUACUUUUUCCACUCUGAACUCUUUCUGAUGUUUCAUGAUGGAAAUGAAGCUUGGUGUAAAUAAAGCCUGAGGCUGUCAGCAGGUGCUUUUUAAAUAAAGAUUUCU